AUGCCUUUGGACGAUCUUCUCAAGAAUCAAAUUUCAGAACCUACACGUAAGGAGAUCACCCACAAACUUUUGGAAAAUAGUUCCUCGACUAUCAACUUGCAGUACGAUGGCCUUGAUUGGAAGCCAUACUUCUCGUACUACACCGAGGAAUGCAGUUUGGCGAUAGGCAGCGAUCAACACCUCUUGGCAGCAACUCACCAAAAUAUCAUAGCCAUCACGAAAGAAAUCGAAAGCACGAAGACGAAAAAUGAAAUAAGGGUCAUUUUGCCACCGGAAUUUGACAAAGACUUGACGCCAGACGAGGCGCGGCAAAAAAUGGAGCGCGCCAUACGGCUGGCCGCGAGACUACUUCUCAUAAUAGAUAUAGGGCCAUUGCCCGCUAAUGCAUAUUCUGGGCGAUCCCCCUUGCUUUGGAACCAGCGCUCACUGAAAGACUGCAUGCAACAAUUUUUCGCACCUCCGCCACAGAAGUAUUCUAGGGAAUUGAAGCUUCAGCCGUUGUUCACGGGGAGAAACCUUGUUCGCAUGGCAGGAAUAGAAAUCGCAUGGACGGAUAAUCUGACCGACCAUCUGCUUCUCAUUGAUGGCGAUCAGCGAGUUUGUAUCUUCCAUCAUGCGUCAUUUCUCAAUCAGCUUCUACCAGAUGGGCUGGCACAAGAAACAAUCGGCAAUCUUGCGCUGCUAUUUCCACAAUCUGAUCCGAAGACGCGACGCUCUGUCUCCGGGGAUGUUCAACUCGAUCUCCAACUGGCUUUCGAUGAAUCUCGUCCGGCAACGAUUUUGCAGUGGUGGCAUGAUCGCAGGGAUGGCGUCCAGUGGUACAUUUUCUGGGUUGCUAUUGUAGUUUUGAUGCUUACUAUCUUUUUUGGCCUAGUCCAAAGUAUUGAGGGAGCGAUAUAG